GUUCUCAUCCUUGAAAGGCACUCAGAAAGAAGAUGGAAAGACGAGUGUGAAGAUAAGAGAGAGAGAGAUAAUGACCAGCAGUGGAGGAGGAGGAGGAGGAGAGAAAGAGAGAAUGACGAGCAGAGGAGGUGGAGGAGGAGGAGGGAAGACUGUAGUAUGCGUGACAGGAGCAUCUGGAUAUGUAGCUUCAUGGCUCGUCAAGCUCUUGCUUCUUCGCGGUUACACUGUCAGGGCCUCUGUUCGUGACCCUAGUGAUCUAAAUAAGACAAAGCACUUACUUGCCCUAGAUGGAGCAAAAGAAAGGCUUCAGCUGUUCAAAGCUGACAUACUGGAAGAAGGCUCUUUUGACACUGAGAUUGAUGGGUGUGAAGGUGUUUUUCAUACAGCCUCACCUUGUAACCUGUAUGUUACGGAGGAGAACGCACGGGCAGAGUUGAUUGAUCCUGCAAUAAAGGGAACAAUUAAUGUUCUUGCAUCAUGUGCCAGAGUCACAUCUGUGAGAAGAGUUGUUUUGACAUCCUCCUCAUCUGCAGUAAUAUACAAUGGCUGGCCUCGAACACCUGAUGUGGUAGUUGAUGAGACUUGGUAUAGCACGCCCGAUGUUUGUGAGAAACUGAAGGUUUGGUAUCCACUUGCAAAGACUUUAGCGGAGGAUGCUGCUUGGAAGUUUGCCAAAGAGAAGGGUAUUGACAUGGUUGUAAUGAACCCUGCAGUAUGUAUUGGUCCUCUAUUGCGGCCAGCCCUUAAUGUUGGUGCAACUGAAAUUAUGAAGUUAAUAAAUGGUGAAUCAUUUCGAAAUUUUUCCUUUGGAUGGGUUAACAUUAAAGAUGCUGUUAAUGCACAUAUUCAAGCAUUCGAGAUACCUUCAGCUAGUGGAAGAUAUUUUUUGACUGAGAGAGUUGCACACUUGUCUGAAAUUGUGGACAUAAUGAGGAAGCUUUUUCCUGAUUUUCGACUUCCAGAAAAGUGCGAGGACGACAAGCCAUUUAUGCCAAUUUACCAGGCAUCCAAGGAGAAGGCGAAAAGCAUUGGCAUUGAUUUCAUCCCCCUUGAGCAGGGCAUCAAGGAAACGAUUGAAAGCUUGAAGGACAAGGGGCUUCUCGAUUGCUAAGUUUUCAGGACAGACCAAGAUGGCACCUAUCUUCUUGUGUAGAGUGCAAUGCUAGCUUAUAUAGUUUCAAUAACAUCUGUCUGCUUGAGAUAAUAUUAUCGAAGAAUUUUAGUUGAGCAUUCUUCAUUAGGGAAAGAAACUUGAAUAAACCAUGGUUGUACUCUGUUUUGUGAUGGUUCAGAACGUUUAAGUGU